AAGGAUGACAUAAAGUUGAUCAUAUCUUGGUUGGAAGAUGCUAGCAAUUCCGUGAAAGUUACAUCAGAAAUCAAGUGUUCUCCUCCUUCUCCAAGGUCCAAUGUCACUUUAAAUGCUCAUCCAGAAAAAGAUAGUCUCAUUAUGUUUGGCGGGGAAUACUUCAAUGGCAAAGAAACUGUAAUGUACAAUGAUUUGUUCUAUUACAACAUCCGAUCCAACGAAUGGUCUCACGUCAUUAUUCCGAAUGCACCCACACCAAGAUGCUCACAUCAGGCAGAGACAGUUCCUCAAUCAAGGGGGCAGUUGUGGUUGUUUGGUGGAGAAUACACCACAAGGAACCAGUCACAGUACUAUCAUUAUAAUGAUCUCUGGGUUUUGCAUCUUGCCGAAAGAAAAUGGGAAAAAAUAAAUUCUGUGGGUGCUCCUUCACCAAGAAGUGGACAUAGGAUGGUUGCUUGUAGGAAGAUGCUCUUCAUUUUUGGUGGAUUUCAAGACAACACAAUGGCUUAUAGGUACUACAAUGAUGUUCAUGCAUUCAGUUUGGAAAGUCGCACAUGGGUUAAACUUCAGUUAUCUGGUCUCCCGCCAUCACCCAGAUCAGGUUGUGUAAUGGCAGUAACUCAAGACCAGUGUCACAUCAUGGUGUAUGGAGGCUACAGCAAGCAGAAAGUGAACAAAGACGUUCACAAGGGAUGCAUUCACUCAGACAUUUUCAUGCUCUCCUAUAAGAACAAAAUGGAUGAGAAACUUUCAUGGAAAUGGUCGUUAGCCAAACAGUACGGUACCAUUCCCAGCCCCAGGUGCAGCACAUCUCUCUGUGUCACAAGCAGCAACAAGGCCGUUCUUUUUGGAGGGAUUAGAGAUGACGAGGAAGAUGAAGAGAACGUUGAAGGAAGUUGUUUUAAUGACAUGUAUCUUCUUGAAAUUGACAAAUGCAGAUGGCACCCUCUCAUUCUCAGAAACGUGAAAAAAUUGAAAAUCUUGGAGCAAAAUGUAAAUGAUCGAAUAGAACAUAUAAGCACUUCUCUACUCAAUCAGCCAACUACUUCCACUAAAUCUGAUGAAAUAUUCAAGUUGGUAAUCAACGAUACUAAAGAUAUUAAAACAAAACUGAAUCCACCACCAUCAAACGUUGGGGUCAAUGACGAUAACCCCUACAAAACAUUUCCUACACCUCGCAUGAGACCUAUGUUAGCUGCCAAGAGAGGUGUUCUCUAUCUGUAUGGUGGAAUAUGUGAACACGGCAGCAGACAAAUCACUUUAAGUGACUUUUACAGUAUAGACCUGCAAAGCAUGAACAAGUGGAAUGUUUUAUUAGAAUCACAGGAUACGUCUAUGGACUGGCAAGAAUCAUCCGAUGAAGAAGAGUCAUCAUCAGACGACGACACAGAUGAUGAAGAUGAUGAGGAAUCUUCAGAUGAUGAUGACGAAGAUGACCCAACAAAAUCGGGACCUCGUAAGAAAGGAAACGAAAAGUUUGAAGAAUAUUUUGCAAGAACAUCUUCAACUUGGAAAAUGAAAGCCAGAAAAGUAGCAGAGAAAGAACUCAUCGAGGCUACCAGCAAACAAUUAGACAAGGCAGCUUCCAGGAUGGCCAGUGAAUACUGGAAAAAAAUUUCUUUCUAA